AUGCCUAAAGCCCACAUGAACUUUUCUAAAGAGGAACUACAUUGGAUCCGCAAUGAAGACAAGAUAUCUCCCGAAAUAUACUUCAAAAAAUUCAGAUCAGGCGCUCAUAAAUCUCACGAAGAACACCAGCGUUACUCCCGUUUACUGGGUAUAGGUGGUUUUACGGAGGAGGAACUAGGAAAGCUUCGUAAUGCUUUCGAAUCAUGGAAAAUUAACAAGGCUGCUCAAUUCUGGAUGGAUCGCAGUUCAAGAGAUUCACAAAUCAGAACAGCAGCUGUGUUAGUAAAGGGUUCGGAGGCAUUCGCAAGCGGUUCCAUUAAUAGAAACAAAUGGGAUGAACUGGAUGCGCAAGACGAGGAGCAAGUUAGCCGCAAGCGCCCACAGGAAAUCCUUAGAAACAGCAACAAACUGUCAAAGUCACAACGGAGCGAUGCAGAGGCUGGAUUGAAGGAAAAUAAAUACGUGGGACAUUCCGAUACGUACACUGAGGUAGAUGGUUCAAGUCCGCAGAUCGAUGAGCAAAUUCCUUCUUCAGAUACGGCAGCGACAACCACGACCGUUCCUACCAAGCUCGACAAGGUAAUGAUUGCGUCGACAGCUGCUCCGAGGACUAAGUGUAAUACCAUGUUUUAUCAUAUAAGUCAACCGGUUGACUGUUUAUUUUAUGAACCAACUGUGCUUAUGAAGUCUGCGAAGCCAUAUAAUGGACACAAACUAACUGCUUCUUAA